GUAAAUCCCCCUCAAACACGGUAGCCAUGUUCUACAUCCGCAGCUACAAAUACAGAAAAAUAGAACAGGAAUUGCGUUGUAUUAGUCCGCAAAAAAAAUAACUUUAAACCUUUGAUAUAAAGGUCUGUAAUUAUUUAAACGUGAUACAUGUCAUUUAGCUACGAAGCAACAGCCAUUCUGCAGCAAUGUGUCCUCUCCUAUAGCAGGCUGCCAUUUCUACCUCCCCCUCUACAGUGAAACAAACACACCACUUGUAUUCUUCCGCAGAGGGCUUGCGCUUUUUCUUUUGAGGGACUGGGGGAGGGGGUUUAAAACAAACAUUUCUCCACGACUGACCAACCGCCACUAAAAUUUACUCCAAAGGGAUAGUUAGCCAAGAAUAACUUGGCGGUUGUUUAUUUGCUCGUGGAGGACGGUGUUUUGCGGGGUAAUCCGUACAUCGCGCACUAAUUGUCGCUUCGCGGAGAAAUACUCGACGCAGCCGGGACUUUAUGUUAGCGGAGCUGAAUGGAGGCAGCCUCUCUUCCUGGUGGAUAAACAGUGACAGCUACAGGGCAGCCACCUAGACCCACCACACAGGCUGUGGCGCUGCCCUGGCAAACAACACCAAAAUGGCUUCAGACAGUACACACAUCGCGCAGUUGACUUCUGAACUGUACUUCCUAAUAGCCCGAUUUCUAGAAGCUGGACCGUGUCAAAAAGCAGCCGAGACCCUGAUAAGGGAGGUGGAGGAGAAGGAGCUGCUACCCAUAAGGCUGGACUGGACAGGGCAAGAACACCCCGGGACGUACGAAAAUUUGGUGAAGCUAUACCGGCACAUCAGUCCAGACCACCUGCUGCAGGUCUGCUCCAGAGUUUGUCCACUGCUGGAGAGUGAGCUCCCUGCCAGUGUGCCUGGACUCAGCAGCCUGCUGGGGGCCGGCAGGCAGAAUCUUCUCCGCUCCAGCAAGAGCUGCAAGAAUGUUGUGUGGAAGGGCUCAGCGCUGGCCGCGCUGCACUGUGGACGACCACCGGAGCCGCCUAUUAUCUAUGGGAGCCCGCCUAAUAUUGUCGAGACGAGCUUCGGCCGUCGACUGAACGGCUCCUACCGUCUGCGGCAGCUGCUGCCCACGGCUGUGUACCUGCACAUGAAGAUGCACAAGAGGAUCCUGGGACACCUGUCAUCCGUGUACUGCGUCACCUUCGACAGGACGGGACGACGCAUCUUCACGGGCUCUGACGACUGCCUUGUGAAGAUCUGGGGAACAGAUGACGGCCGUCUGCUGGCGACGCUGCGCGGCCACGCCGCUGAGAUUUCCGACAUGGCCGUCAGCUACGAAAACACCAUGAUCGCUGCUGGGUCCUGUGACAAGACUAUCAGGGUGUGGUGCUUACAGACCUGCGCCCCUCUGGCCGUCCUGGAGGGACACGCUGCCUCUAUCACCUCACUGCAGUUUUCUCCUUUCUGUUGCGGCUCAAAGCGCUACCUGUCGUCCACCGGAGCUGAUGGCACCAUCUGCUUCUGGCAGUGGGAUGCACGCACGCUCAAGUUUGGUCAAAGGCCCAGUAAAUUCACGGAGCGUUCCAGACCUGGCGUCCAGAUGAUCUGCUCCUCCUUCAGCGCAGGUGGUAUGUUCCUGGCCACAGGAAGCACGGAUCACAUCAUCAGGGUGUACUACUUUGGGUCAGGCCAACCUGAGAAGAUCUCAGAACUUGAGUCCCAUACAGACAAAGUCGACAGCAUCCAGUUCUCACAUUGCAGUGACAGGUUUGUAAGCGGCAGCAGGGAUGGUACAGCCCGAAUCUGGCAGCUGCAGCCUCAGGGCUGGAGGAGCAUUCUGCUGGACAUGCAGACCAAAUUACCCGGGAAGUACAACCCUCCUCCGCUGGAAGACAAGGUGACCAAACUGAAGGUUACCAUGGUAGCAUGGGAUCGCCAUGACAGCACAGUGAUCACAGCAGCCAACAAUCUGACGCUGAAGGUGUGGAACUCCACCACCGGCAACCUCGUCCAUGUCCUGAUGGGUCAUGAGGAUGAGGUGUUUGUCCUGGAGCCACAUCCCUUUGAUCCGAGAAUCCUUUUCUCAGCGGGGCAUGAUGGGAAUUGCAUCGUGUGGGACCUGGCCAGAGGAGUCAAGAUCCGCUCCUAUUUCAACAUGAUCGAGGGCCAAGGCCACGGAGCGUUGUUUGACUGCAAAUGUAGUCCAGAUGGGCAACAUUUUGCAGCCACCGACUCCCACGGACACCUGCUCAUCUUUGGCUUUGGCUCCAGCAGCAAGUAUGACAAGAUAGCGGACCAGAUGUUCUUCCACACCGACUACCGGCCACUGAUCCGAGAUGCCAACAACUACGUGCUGGACGAGCAGACGCAGCAGGCGCCACACCUGAUGCCCCCUCCCUUCCUGGUGGAUGUGGACGGGAACCCCCACCCACCCAGAUACCAGCGGCUGGUGCCUGGCAGGGAGGGCUGCAGGGACGAGCAGCUCAUCCCGCAGAUGGGGGUCACUUCCUCAGGCCUGAACCAAGUGGUGAGCGAGCAGGCGGUGGAUGGCUCCAGUCCUCUGGAUACGAUGAUUCAGAGGCUGCAGCAGGAACAGGACCAAAGACUGGGAGCCAGUGACACCAGGUCCAACAGAGGAUCGGUGGGUUCGCCCACAGAGGUGCACUCCCCGCCCAACGUGGGUCUGCGUCGCAGCGGGCAGAUCGAGGGCGUCCGCCAGAUGCACAGCAACGCCCCGCGCAGCCAGAUGGCCACAGAGGGAGACCUGGUGGCCUGGAGCCGCAGGGUGCUGGUCCCGGAGCUGGAGAACGCCUCUGUCAGGAGACAGAUAAACUGGCGUGAGGCUAAAGGGGAAGAGGAGGUUAAUAUUUAUCAGUCAGAGCGGAGGCGACGUACCAUCCACUCUCUCCCCAAGGAGAGCAGGGUUCACCCGACAUCCGAGUCGGUUGACGAGGGGAGGAGGAGCCAGGGUAACCACGGCUACCACACACGUGCAGCUAUGGAGGAGACGAGCCGCCAGAGCGCCGAGGCUGCCGAUGACGAUGAAAGCACCUCAGAGGUAGACACGGGAGAGGUAGAGGUUCGGCAAACCAACGGGCAUUCCUCCUCCGAGGAGAAGGAAGAGGAACCAAAGGAGCCCUGGCCGGAUGACCACAGUAGUUCAAGUGACUACUCCAGCGAUUACUCCGACUGGACAGCGGACGCGGGGAUCAACCUUGAACCGCCCAAGAAGAGCGUGAAAGUGAAAAAGAAAAGCAGCAGCUCAGAGGAAGACGGAGAGAAGAAAAGGGACGGGAAGAAAGAAAGAAAGAAGGAUAAAGCAGACAAGGACGGCGCGUUACCAAAGAAGAAGCAGCCAAAGGAGAAGAGGAAGAGGGCCGAGUUUCAAGAGCAAGGGCUAACUCUGGAGGAGUGGCUUCCUUCUGCCUGGAUCACAGACACGGUCCCCCGGAGAUGUCCCUACAUACCCCAGAUGGGAGACGAGGUAUACUACUUCAGACAGGGCCAUGAAGCCUAUGUGGAGAUGGCCAAACAAAAAAAGAUUUACAGCAUCAACGCUAAGAAGCAGCCCUGGCACAAGAUGGAGCUACGGGAGCAGGAAUUGAUGAAGAUAGUUGGCAUCAAGUAUGAGGUUGGCUUGCCCACACUGUGCUGUCUGAAGCUUUCCUUCCUGGACCCUGAUACGGGCAAACUGACCGGAGGAUCCUUCUCUAUGAAAUACCACGACAUGCCUGAUGUAAUCGACUUCCUGAUACUGCGGCAGCAGUUUGACAAUGCCAGAAGGAGGCAGUGGAGUAUAGGCGACAGGUUUCGGUCAGUGAUUGACGAUGCUUGGUGGUUUGGGACCAUUGAGAGCCAGGAGCCCUACCAGCCUCAGUAUUCUGACAGCCUGUUUCAGUGCUACAAUGUCUGCUGGGAUAACGGAGACACAGAGAAGAUGAGUCCCUGGGACAUGGAGCCCAUACCUGAUGAUGCCACGUUCCCUGACGAGUUAGGCACCAGUGUCCCGCUGGUAGAAGAGGAACAGAAGGAGCUGCUGUACGUCCCACUGGAUGGGGAAUGGGGCUGCCGCACACGCGCAGAGGAGUGCGAACGCAUCAUCAAAGCCAUCGACCAGCUCUGCACACUCGAUGUUGCCGCGCCAUUUGCCUUUCCAGUGGACCUGCAAGCUUACCCCACAUACUGCACAGUAGUGGCCUACGUCACCGACUUGAGCACCAUACGGGAGAGGCUGGUCAACCGCUUCUACAGGCGACUGUCCUCUCUGAUGUGGGAGGUUCGUUACAUCGAACAUAACGCACAAACAUUCAACGAGCCCGGAUCAUUCAUUGUCACUACCGCCAAGUUUGUCUCUGACCUCAUGCUGCAAUUCAUUAAGGACCAAAAUCUGACGGACCUCAAGCCCCUUUACAAAACUAUGAAGAAGGCUACCUUCUCUGACUCUGAAGAUGAGGACGACGAGGAAGAGGAUGAGGAUACUAAUACUCCUGGAACAUCCACACGAAACCAUAAGGGUCGUCGACCCACUCAGCGGCAACUGCGAACCCGACCCCCGUCAUAUGACCCUCAUGCGUGGCGGGGCCGCUGUAAGGAGCUGCUGGACCUCAUCUUUCAGUGUGAAGACUCGGAGCCCUUCAGAGAACCUGUGGACCUGCAGGAAUACCCGGACUACCUGCAAAUAGUUGACUCACCAAUGGACUUUGGCACCGUUCUCAACACGCUCAAAGAUGGAAAGUACCAAUCUCCCAUUGAGCUCUGCAAAGAUGUCCGGCUCAUUUUCAGCAAUUCCAAAGCUUACACGCCCAGUAAGAAGUCUCGGAUCUACAGUAUGAGUCUGAGGCUCUCUGCGCUGUUUGAGGAGCACGUCAGCUCCAUUCUGGCCGACUACAAAGCCAUCCACGGCCUGACCAAUAAACUGACCAGACAGGGAACAGACAGACAGACACGACACACUACGGACAGACAGACACGGCACGCCAUGAAGAGGAGGAGGAGGAGCGAAUCUCCAGCAAGCAGCACCGCGUCCAGUCCAGAGAGGAAGAGACGUGUAUCAUCCAGGGGGACAGGAAAAAAGGAGCCAUCACCGCCACCUUCACGAGCCUCCUCUCUGAGACAGAGCAUCCCCGUCAAACAGCCCCCUCAGCUGGUCAACGGGAAGGCUGACACAGCGGCCGCAGGGCGUACACGAAGUGCGGCGCGCCAUUCUACACACUCUCCACCCUCCUCUUCCUCCUCACAUAACGCUGGAAGCAGCACACAGAGCACAGCAGAGUCCACUCGCUCACUGAGGGCUCAUAACUCUGUGUCAGCUUCAACAACCGCAGCGCCUCAAAGGGUGACACCCUCUCCAGCCGCAGACAGUAACAGUGGAGGAAGCACCCGGAGGAAACUCAGGACUCCUGUACGGCUCACACCUGGAUCUCCCGCCAGCCCUUCAUCUCCGAGCACAGUCCACCUGAAUGGCCACGGUAGUCAUGUGACCCUGGGAGUCGGGAGGAGGGGGCGGAAAUCCAAAGUGGAGCCACCGGCGAGUCCUCCAGAAGUCACGGCUCCGGGGAGCCCGUCGAGACCCAGAGGCCGCCCUCCGGGCAAGAAGAGAGGCAGGAAGAGCAAGCAGGAGCUGGAGGAGAUGAGACGGAGCGGCAAGCGCAGGAGCUCCACCCCCGACGACGAGCUCGACCAAUCGACGGGGGACGAAGGUGGGACGUCUUCUGCUCAGGAAACAUCUGUGCUGUCGGACUCUGGCACGCCGUCGACACCGAGGCGGCGCGGCCGGCCCCGAGCGGUAAGGACUGACGAAGCCGCUCCUCCUCCUCCUCCUCCUCCUCCUGCUGAGUCACCGGAGCCAUCUCCGCUGAGGAGGAGCAGCAGGAGGGCCAACGAAGAGGCCACGCCUCCUCCCCAGACUGCUCCUCAACGAUCCAACCCGAGGGAGUCUCCAAAUGAGGAGGAAGGAGACGAGGCGGGAGGGUCGAUGCGCACACGUAACCAGGGGCGACGGUCGGCCUGGUACAUGGAGGAGGACUCUGAGGAGGAGCAGAGGCAGCUGCUGUUUGAGGACUCGUCAAUCACCUUCGGCACCUCCUCAAAGGGGCGUGUUCGCAAGCUGACAGAAAAGGCCAAAGCCAACCUCAUAGGCUGGUAACCCGGGACAACGGAACAGACACACAGGAUGUGAGGAGGAGGCUGACUGCCCUGACAGAGAAGAAAUCUGCCUGAGAUUUCUUAGCCUACGCGACGGAAGAGUAGUGGGCUGAGUUGAGGAAGUCAUGCUUUGUGUGCAUCUGUGUGCGCGUUAAUGUGCGUGUACCGUCUGGGGAGCUGCUAGUCCAGCUGCUGCUAUUCAGAGCUGUGGCGAUGGAGAGACACAACAGCGCAGUUAUCUGUCCACUCCUCCCUCCUCUUGGCCCAGAAAGUACAUCACUACGCCAACUGUUGGCUUUCUGAAUCAUUUGUUCCACCUCCUCCUACAUUAUUGGUCCAUGUUGGAUCCAACAGGAGCUCACUGACUCCAUUGCUGGUGGUCUCGUGACUCGCUCCUGUCCAGUGAACCACUUCUCCCCUCCGUCUGCCCUGAAAAACACCGCUGGUGUCUAACUGGGCACAACAGUAGUUGAACAGUUUUAGUACUUGAAAAAAAUCCCAAGGAGAGCUGGGUGUAUCUUAUCUCACUCUUUGGACUUUUCGAGUGUCUCUGCUGGGUAGGUCAAAGACGCCCACUGAGCUGAAACUGCUAGGUCUGUGACGGAUUACCCCCCCUCCCCCCACUUCUUCUUUCUUCCCACUCUUUUUUUAUACAACCCCCCCGACUCUCUGCUUUUUCUAAGAUUUGUACGUGAUGAUCGGCUCUCUGUUUUGGAAGUCUUACACGUCGGCUGACCUGAGUGUGUCUGCGCUAAAAUACCAAAUGGUGUACCUUUGUUGGUACUGUAGAACUGUAGGUUUUGUUUACUGUGGGUGUGUUUUUUUUUUUUUUUGCAUGUUCAUUAGAAAGAAAAAGCAUCUCUUCCCCCCCCCCCCCAUAAGCUGUUUUUACUGUGAGGAGAAAAGGAUGCAUGGGUGAAAGGGUCAUUUAUAUGUCUCGAUAGAUCAUGUUUCAAAUGAGUCCUCAACAUUAGCAAUACCUUGUGCCUUUAUGUCUUUGGUGUGUGUGUGUGUGUGUGUGUGUGUGUGUGUGUACGUGCGCGCGUGUGCUCGCGCGCGUGCGUGCUUGGCCUCUGCCCUGCAAAGUACAUGUGCCUGUAUGCGUACGGAUAAGUUGUGACUACGUGAGUUUGCGUAACUGAAGGAGUGUGUGUGUGUGUGUUUUUAUAACACAACUGAGUGCGUCAUUCACUUUCAGCGUACAAACAGUGGCAUACAGUUUGAUCGUUGUGAAACCUCUCAAAGAAAUGUAUUUAUAGCAGUUGGAGAAAAAAAAAAGACUUUACCGUUGUUGUAAAACCAUUAUUCAUGUCAAUAUAUUAUCCUAUAACCAACCUAUCGUCAGUUUAUACCUAAGGUACAGCCAGUGGAGCUUUGGGUGACUAGCUUUGAGAUGCACUUACCACAGACCGGUUAUCAAUGCAGUCGUAGGGAGUAACCCAGUGUAUUUUAAAUAUUGUUAACAUAUAAAAAUGAACUUUUUAAAUGUUGAUAUGUUUCUAUGGUGACCACACACACACACACACACACACACACACACAUCCACACACAAUUCUGUCUCUCAUGUUCUAGCACUUUCUCAUGCCUGGAGCAAACAGGAUCGAGCCAGAUCAAACUGGAUCGGACUGAAUUUGGACGGAAAGCCCGAGAGAGAGAUAGACAAGUCUUAUAUUCAUCUUUCUGAUUGUGUGCCUUCGCUACACUGGCAUAGUGAAUCCUCGGUUUCUGCUUUUGGGGCCUUUUUAUUUUUUUUCCUUUUGUUUUCGUGGACUUCCUGGUUCUGCUCAUUGCUGGGUUCAGAGAACUGGACUUCGGGGACUGGAUGGGACCUGAUUGGCUUGUAUAAUGAAAGAGAGAGAAAAGACUGAAAAAUGAACAAUCUGACUGGGGACAAACAUAACAUACGUCACUCUCUCGCUGUACACACAACCAAUGGACUGAGUUUAUAAAGAUGACGGCUUCCAGUUUGAGCAGGUAUCUGUUUUUACCCCAGCACAGAGCAACUGAAUGCCCAAAUCAGCCACUCGUGUUGUUGUUGUGGGUCUGACUGGGGAGAACUGGACGGUAGCAUCUAUAUACACCUGGUUUGUUUUCAUAGGUCUUUCUUGUCACAUAUUCAUUGAACAUAUAUCUCAUCUGUUUAUCAUUGUUUUUUUUUUGUUAUGGAUUUGUCAAUGCCAAAUUCUGUCUUUGGGCACUGAAGUUUUUUAGAACAUGGCUUUUGAAUGUGUUUAUUUUUCUGUCUCCACGGUGAGUGUGUUGAGCUCUUUCACGUAUAACGUGUCAACUGUUUUCUGUCUGUGUCCCCGGCCAUACAGGACAGCGUUUCAGUGACUAGAUCUGUGGAGUUAGAAUGGCGUUUUAUACUCUUGUCGCACUUAUUUGAGGAUACAAUUAACAACUGUUCUUUUUUUCCCACUCAGUCUGGCUUAACAUUUACUUCACAAAGGAUUUGUUUAUAUUGUGUAUACAAAGAGUUUUAUUCCAGAUUGAGACAGCCUAAAACACUGACACCUUUCUUCACAAAUGACCGUUGGCAUGAGAGUAAAUGUUAUUAUUGGGGUUUGCAUUAAAGAUAGGAAGCUAAUGAUCUUUGCCCACAAAACUGAUGCAUUUUAAGGGCAAAUAUAAACUCUUCGUGGGCACAUAAAGCUUUGGGUUUUUUUUUUCUAUCUCAGUUGCAAAUAAUCAUAUUUACAUAUAUGCACAGAUGAUCAUAAGUAGAGUGUGAAAACAAGAUUUUAGACCCAGGCUUCUCAAACCUUAGGUAUGAGCUCAAACAUAAAUGUUUACAUGAGUCAACU